GUGAGCAUCUAAAAAGUGCUUAGGUUUGGAGUAUAAGGCUGGCAACUGCCACCCUGGUAGGCUGCCCCCGGUUGGGGCAAGGGCAUGAAUCUUAGUAUGGAGCAAGGCUAAUUGCAGACAGGUGGCUGCUGUUAGGUGGCUUGAUAUUAAACAUGCAGCCAUCUACCCUGGCCCCCACUGAACCCAGCUUAAGGUGGGCUCCAAACCCCAGGCAUGGUUCAAUAUGGCUCCUAGGACUGAAGGUGUCCCUGGGUGUUUCACUGAGGAAACCCAGAAGAAUGACACCACAGCCAUGCCUGGCUCAUUUGAAAGGAGCCCUGAAGAAAUGGGCCUCAGAACAUGAAUUACUAUCUCAGCAGGCCCGAGUUGAAAGGCUGGUGAAGAAGUUGUCUUUUCUGAUUGAAAAAGCAACUCAUUCUCUUGGGCAGAGUGACCCAGAGUAUUUCAAAGAAUUUGAGCCAGUUUUAGGACCAAAUUUUUGGAUGCUUCCUCAUUCGUGGAACCAAACAGACUCCUCACUUGCCUACUCCGUAUUUGACAGCAGCAGUUGUUUUACAGAGGAAAUGAGUGAUAAAUGCUUUACAUAUUUGCUAGGAACUUGGAAAGAUAAUGGCAAGCCCUGUGUUGUCACCAAGGCCUGUAGGAACAUCAUGACAAAGUUCAGAUGCUCAGGUUACCCCCUAUCACAUCAGCUUUUCUACUUCAUGUUUGCAGCUAUGAAAGGCUGUUCAGAUCAUCUGUUCCUGAGGACCCAAUAUUACAAGAAUAUUUUCUGUGCUAGCAUGAUGAAAAUAAAUCUGGUGAUCGAAAGCAUUGGGUUCACGUUUUCCUCUCGAGACCUCUUCAUGGAAAAUAUUAUGUUAUGUGGUAUGUCUGGAUUCUCUGACUUCUACAAACCCAGCUGGCUGGAGAACAUUCUCACAUGGCAGAAGCCCGAGGAGGGAUGCUUUGGGAAGCCCAGUGAGAAUUCUGAACACCCCUCCAGGGUGAAAGACCAAAAGCAACUACUGAGAAGAGUUAAAAGAAGAGAGAAGGUUUUUGCAGAUGGAUGUUCCUCUCAUAACACAGCCGUGGCAGUCGGAGUACUGGGGGGAUUCCUCUACUACUACUGAAAAUGCCAAUAUGUUACAGAUGAUCAACUUGGAACUUCCCAUAUACACAAAGUUAUGAUUGGUUAGUCCUGAAGCAAUACCUGCUCCAGUUUUAGCAUGCAAUAGGGGUAGUCUUUUCAAUCAAAAUUUCCACUUGCAACACAUAGAGCGAACCCACUCUGGUAGCCAAGUUGUAAUCACGCUGACACUGACUAGUGCUAUUUUGGCAGCACAAUGGAGAUUUUAUUAGCAGGUUUUCAAAACUGUAAUAUGCCAGUGGUUAUUACAGUGACAAGAGUUCCUAAUGUACUCUUCUUCCUAAGCUACCAUUACAACUGAACACACAUGGCACAAUUCUUCUCAUAACUCUGCUGACUUUGAAUGCAUCAUCUUCAACAUCAGUGGAGUUUGAUGAAUUUGUUUAUCCUAGGUAGCUCUCACCUUAUUAUCUAAGGGCCCCAAUCCUGCACCCAUAAAAUUAUGAUGAUGUUGGAAUAU